GACAGGCUCAUGUUUCAUAUAAGAUCAGGAAGUCCAUAACAGUGAGUCAGAGAUCUGCUUUGCUCAUUCUGGGAAAUGGUUAGUUAAGCAGUCAAACUGUCUUUGGAGUUCUUCAUUUUCCCAGCUUUUAUCACAAUUCCCCUGUGAGUUCAGGUUACAGGGUGCAUGUCUUUUUUCAAAGCUUCCCCAGGGGUCUCUGUUGCUUUUUUAAAGAUUCACCACAGAGACCUCCCGGGUCCUCGUGCUCGGCUGCUGUCCUGUGUGGCAACAUUUUGUCUCUUCAGCUGGGUCAUAUCACAAUUAUGAUUCAAAACUGCAGGCUAUUACAGUUCCCUUGCAAAUAGUAAGAAAGCAAACGUCCGUUUCUGUAAAGUGCGUGUUAAGCUGCAGCCAGCAGCCGGUUAGCUUAGCUUAGCAUAGCAUAAAAACUUGAAACAGCUUGCUUGCCUCUGUUCAAAGGCAGAAAAGGGAAAAAUGAAAGAAAAACAACAAGCUCCUCUGAAGUCACUAAUUAAAUCUCAUUUGUUUAAUCCAUACAUAAACAGUAAAAAUGUAAAAAAAAUUAUCAUUUGCAGUUUUAUAGUGGUUCAUGUGCUGGCUUGCUGGUCAUUUUUUUUUACUUUGUUUUUUGUUCACCUGUUUUCAGUCUUAAUGCUAAGCUAAGCUAAGCUAAGUGGCUACUGGGGGUACUUUCCCUGUUUUGGUUCAGUCAUCUCUUGUCAGCUCAUCAUUUACAGAAACCAAAGGCCUACAUCCUGCCUAUCAUCAGAUAGCUUACAGGCAAAGUUAGUAACCAGCUGGUGAACGUAUUGGAGCAGUUAGCAGCAAAAGAGCCAGAUAUUACCCUCAGGAGCUAGUGGAGACCAAAAAAAUACAUGUACAGAUACAAAACACAUCACACAAUGAAACAGGAUUGUUGUGGAACUCAAAAUGUUAACUGUACCAUUCUAACUCUAUGCACAUCAGAUAAUUAAUCCUCAGAUAAUUCAACAUCAUUCAUCAUUCAUUCAACAUCAUCAUCAGAGAAUUAGUAACAUUAACUGUAAAAUAAGAAAUUAUAGCAGUAUGUGAUUCCUUAACUCUCACAUUUACAUCAUUUUCAGCUAUACGUCAAGACCAUAGGCAAAUAUCUAAAACUCAGUUAUGGCUGUCGGUGCCACCCCAAGAUUUUCAGUUGUCCCAUCUGCCCACCCCGAUGAAAAAAAAUGUGGGGCACCACUGGUUGUAAGGCAAUUUUAUGAUAGUGCUGAACCUUCUUCUGAUGUCCUCAAGAGGCCAAAAAAAAGUUAUUGCAGGUCAGGUUUAAACUUCCAUCAUAGCUCUCCUGUUCCAGUCUACAAUAAAGCCUCCUUUUUUCGGUCAGUUCACUGUCCAACAAGUAGCUAUAAAGUCCAAGAGUGCCAGUGUGUCUGUGUGUAGAGACUCCAUGGAUACCUGCAACAGCAGUCCCUUGUCCCCUCGUUUAAAAGGCUUCAACUUUGAAAAGGAGAGAAGAAGGAUGCAAAAGACGUGUGUGUGUGUAUGUGUGUGUGUGCGCGUGUUUGUGUAUGUGUGUGUUUCCCAUGUCUACAUUACGCAGACCAGUUGAUGGCCUCCCCCUCAGAGCUCAGUCUUUGUCACAAAGUGUAGACCACAGUACUGUUUUAACAGCUUCUAUUGUUGCUCUCUGUGUCCAGUCCAAACGUGUUACUCCUUCUUGUUUUUACUCUCUGGAAUAAAGACAUGCUUUAAACGAGUGGCAGUGGCAGUACGUGUGGAGCUAAACUGCAGUCAGGACCACAAAAUGUUUGUCACUAUCCUGCUUGGAGACAAUAGGAUGGAAAUGUUAAAUCUCAACUGUAAGCUGAUAAACUUCAUCCAUCAUUUGAAGGAGAGGUGCGGUCUGGAUUUCAAAGAGUGUGUGGACCUGAUGGACAGCAGCGGCAGAGUGAUGAACCUGGAGAAGAAGCAGCAAAGUGUGGCUCUGGCCAGCAGCGUGCUGGCAGAGAGACAAUACUACAUCCUCCUACGAGUUUGCAGAGAUGAUGACACUGGAGAUCGUAAAUAUGUGUCUCUCCUAAACAACUUCAGCCAGAGUCAUCCUGAGCUAACAGAGCUGCUGAGGAAACUUUCUAACCCCGAGAAGGAGACGGACAGAAAGAUCAGAAGAGGACGGACACAGAGGAAGAGUCCUGCUGGCCAAACCAGGAGCAAAAACAUCCCUGCAAAUAACAAAUAGGCACCAAAUUGAAACGUUUCUGUAACGACUUUAAAGCUAUAGUUGAUGACUUUUAAGCAAGUACUUUUGUAUCAUAUUUGCUAAAACUUUCACUAUAUUCUGAAAGAC